UAGCGUCAUAGAGAUCUAAAGAGUUCGAGUUGAAGCUCUGUCCGUAUCGCGUGGAUAAUUUCUUUCUUCAAAUUCUCACUGGUUUCCCCCUUCUUGUUCGAGAAAACCCUUUAAUGGCGAUUUAGAACCCUAAUUUCCACAUCAAAAUUCACAUCUCCCAACACCAAACAAUGUCCGAAAAGCUCCAAAAGACACUGGAGGAUGUUGGAUCCAAACUCGACAAUCCACCUGCCAACAAAGAUGCUCUCGUCAAACUCCUAAAGCAAGCUGCGGCAUCUUUAUCUGAGUUAGAGCAAUCACCAGGAAAGGAAGUAUUAAAAUCUAUGCAACCUUUCGUAAACGCAAUUGUAAAGCCAGAAUUGCUAAAACAUCAUGACAAAGAAGUUAAGCUUCUUGCUGCCGCUUGUACAUGUGAAAUAACCAGAGUGACCGCUCCUGAAGCACCAUAUGAUGAUGACGUGUUAAAGGAUGUCUUCCAUUUGAUUGUAAGCACAUUCAGUGGGCUAAGAGAUACCAGAGGCCCGUCGUAUGGGAGAAGAGUUACAAUCUUGGAAACCGUAGCUAAAUAUAGAUCAUGCGUUGUGAUGUUGGAUCUUGAAUGUGAUGAUUUAAUCAACGAAAUGUUCACAACAUUUUUUGCUGUUGCCAGUGAUGGGCAUUCUGAGACUGUUAUUACAUCAAUGAAGACAAUCAUGGUGGCUCUUUUGGAAGAGAGUGAAGACAUUAACCAAGACCUUUUGCUCAUUAUCUUGCGUGUCUUGGGCCGAAAUAAGAAAGCAAUAACUAUGGCUGCAAGGAAGCUUGCUAUGAGUGUUAUAGCACAGUGUGCCGGAAAACUUGAACCAGGCAUUAAACAUUUCAUUGUAAAAUCAAUGUCAGGAGAAGCCUCUACUUCUGCAUUUUCUCUGCAGAUUGAUCACCAUGAAAUCAUCUAUGAUAUCUACCGUUGUGCUCCCCAGGCUUUAGCGGGAAUCAUUCCCUACUUAAGUGGAGAGCUCCUGACAGAUAAACUAGACGUUCGGUUAAAAGCGGUCAAACUAGCGGGGGACCUUUUUUCAAUCCCAGGAUGUAGCAUUCCCGACACGUUUCAUCCGAUCGUUAUAGAUUUUUUGAAGAGGUUGACAGACAAAGUUGUUGAAGUUCGAAUGUCGGUUCUUGAACACGUCAAGCUUUGUAUAUUAUCCAAUCCUUCCAGAUCAGAAUCUCCUCAAUUUAUCGCUGCCCUCUGUGACCGCCUGUUGGAUUAUGAUGAAAGCAUCCGCCAAAAAGUGGUUGCAGUAGUUUCAGACAUAGCAUGUCAUGAAUUAUCUUCUAUAUCACCCAACACCGUAAAGCUUGUAGCUGACCGACUUCGUGACAAAUCUCUUCUUGUGAAAAAGUAUACCAUGGAGAGGCUAUCUGAUAUAUACCGCAUGAGCUGCACCAAGCAUAUGAGCGAUGGUUAUAAUUGGAUUCCGGGACGAAUCUUAAGAUGUUUUUAUGAUAAAGAUUUUAGAUCAGACACGGCUGAAUGCAUUCUAUGCACGUCUCUCUUCCCAGCUGAAUUUUCUGUUAAAGACAAGGUUAGAACAUGGGUCAGACUAUUUUCAAAAUUUGAUAAGGUUGAGAUAAAAGCUUUGGAGAAAAUACUGGAGCAAAAACAAAGGUUACAGUUAGAGUUACGGAAGUAUCUUUCUCUUAGGAAGAUGCAUAAGGAAAGUGAUGCUUUAGAGGUCAAGAAGAAAGUCAUGGUCUGCUUUCGCUUUAUGUCUCGCUGUUUCACGGACCCCACAAAAGCCGAGUCAGAUUUCUUGCUUCUUCACCAACUAAAGGAUGCUAAUGUUUGGAAAAUAUUGGCUACAUUACUUGAUCCCACCACUAGUUCUCUUCAAAGUUCCAAAUCUCGGGAUGCAUUACUCAAGAUAGUUGGCCAGAAGCAUCCACUUUACGGAAUUUUAAGCAUUCUGUCUAUAAAGUGCUCGUAUAUACUGUUUAACAAGGAUUAUGUUAAGGAUAUUCUUCUAGAGGUGGACCUACAGAAAUCUUCCAGAAACAGACUACUGACACAGUCUUGCAUGAAUAUACUUGUGAUUCUUGCAUCCUUUAGUCCUUUAUUACUUAGUAGGACUGAAAAAGAUUUGGUCCAUCUUCUCGAAGAUGAUAAUGAAGUAAUAAAAGAAGGCAUUUUGUAUGUUCUCGCAAAAGCUGGUGGCGCGAUUAGGGAACAAUCAGGAAAAUCAUCUAGUUCAUUAGAUCUAUUUUUAGAGAGAUUAUGCUUAGAAGGUAGUAGGCGGCUCGCCAAGUAUGCCAUGCAUGCAUUAGUUGCCAUAACAAAGGAUGAUGAGCUCAAAUCAUUAUCUGUAUUAUACAAGAAACUUGUGGAUAUGCUAGAGAAGAAGGAGCAUUUGUCUUCGGUGCUACAAUCUCUCGGUUGCAUUGCACAGACCGCGAGGCCUGUUUUUGAAACUCAAGAGACCAAAAUUCGAAACUUCAUAAAGAAAGAUAUCUUAGGGUACAGUGAGAAAACAAGUGAUAAAACAAAAGAAUCUUGGGAUGAUAAAAGUGAAGUGUGUUCAUUGAAGAUAUUUGGCAUCAAGACUCUGGUAAAGAGUUAUUUGCCAGUGAAAGAUGCACAUCUUUGUGUUGGGAUUGGUGAACUUAUAAAAGAUCUCAACAACAUACUUUCUUUUGGGGAAAUCUCAAAAGAUAUCGAAUCAAGUCGUGUCGAUAAGGCCCAUUUAAAGCUAGCUGCAGCCAAGGCUAUUCUUCGGUUAUCAAGGCAUUGGGAUAAGAAGAUUCCCGUUGAUGUAUUCUACCACACCUUGAGAACUUCAGAGUUUGAAUUCCCUGAAGUUAAGAGAUUAUUUCUCAAAAAAGUUCAUCAAUACAUUAAGGACCGAAGUUUGGACCCUAAAUACGCUUGUGGUUUCUUACUAGAUCUAGGCUCUCAGCAAUCAGUUCAAGAAGAGAAAUCUGAGGAAAACCGUAAUCUGAAUGACAUCAUUCAGAUGUGUCAGCAAGGAAAAGCAAGACAAGUUUCGGUGCAAAGUGAUGGAAAAUUUUCUGUUGUUCGUCCAGAAUCCAUUCUUCUCUAUUUGAUCCAUGCACUUGCCCAUCAUCCUUCUUUUCCAAAUAUUGAUCAAUGCAAGGAUCUCAAAGCAUAUGAACCAAUAUACAGGAAAUUGUAUUUAUUUCUUUCUAUGUUGACAAAUUUCCAUGAAGACGGGAAGCCCAGUAAUAGUCUAAAGAAGGAAGAGGUUAUUUCCGUACUUUCUAUUCUUCAAAGCAUCCGGAGCUCUGAAGAUGCUAUAGAUACAAACAUGUCAAAGAACUCGUAUGCAAUUUGCGACCUCUGCUUCUUAAUCACCAAACGCUUAGCCCAAAAGCAAGAAGAUCUUGAGGAGCCAUUGGUACAUGUUCGUGUACCUCAGGGGCUAUACGUAUCACAUGAUAAGAAAGAAGAAAACGAGACUGAGAAAGACAAAGAAGAAGAAAAGGAGUCAGAAAUCGAUAAAAAAGAACAGGAGAAAGAAGACAAGAAACAUGUGACUAAAGGCCAUACAUGGUUGGGUGAGGCUAGUGCUGUUGCGCACUUUGAGUCGCUCAACAUGGAAUCCAAUGAAAGUGCGACCUCAAAAAUUAUUGACGAUGAUAUACUGGACAUUGAAGAAACAAGUGGGAAGGAGGUUCCUUUAGGAAUAAUACUGGAAAGGCUAAAAGCUAGAGGAACAAAGGACAGAAAGUCUGUUAAAAAUGGAUCUACAUUGACUUCUGUACAAAAUAAUAGUAAUAAAGAUAAUAACAACAAUGAUGAUAACUUGGGUAUGGUGAGAAAAAUAGAUUUGCAUAAAUUAGGUGUGUCAAAUGGUCAUGAAAUAAAUAAAUCUGAUGAAAAGCAUAAGAGGAAAAGAAUACCUAACCAAACAAUAAGUGUUGCGGUAGCCAAACGUAAGAAGUCAAAUGUGUUGUCAGCUUUUGAUAACAUCAAAAUGAGUGAUUUAGAAGACCAUAUACAUACAAAAGAAGAUGGGAAAACUGAUGGCAGUGACGUAGAGAAUCCUGAAAAGCAUGUUGAUAACGAUGUUAAUAAUAAAGAAUCAGGAUCUGUGAGGAAGCGGAAACGAGCAAGUGUUGCAGGAUUAGCAAAGUGCACAUCAAAGGAAGGGGAAAGUGAACACAGUCAACACACGACAGACUUGAUUGGCAGACGGAUAAAAGUUUGGUGGCCUAAGGAUAGAGAGUUUUAUGAAGGAUUGGUGAAGUCUUAUGACCAUGAAAAGAAGAGACAUGUGGUGUUAUACAAUGAUGGUGAUGUUGAAGUGCUACGAUUGGACAAGGAGCGGUGGGUGCUUGUUAGAAACACUCCCAAGCCUACAAAGCGGAAUAAAUCGUCCAAGAGUCCACGUCCUAAAAAAGGGUCCUCUAAGAAGAAAAUUAAAGUUGUGGAUAAUUCUAAGGGAAAGAAGGAAUCAAGUGACAUGUAUGAAAAUGACAGGCAUCCGUCAUCCAUGGUAAGAAGCAAAAGAACCCCUAGAAAGAAUACGAAGGUAAGACGGAAGAAACUUGAAUAUUUGGAAGUAGAAAGAACAGAUGAACUUGAUAAUACGACAGACUCUGAACGUGAACAUGAGGAUUUAACUUUUUCAAAAGUUGAUAAUUUGGACUCAGAAGAGGACGAUGCAAGUGAUAGAGUGCGCGAUAAAAAUGCAGAGAACAGGUUCAGUGAUCCCGAUUCUGUGCAGAGCGAAUCUGAAAAUGUUGCUGAUGUGUCAGGAUCCAUUCAAGAAGAUGACGACGAAGCAGAAUUAUCCGAUGAUAUGCCUCUUGGUGUAUGGAAGUCUCGAGGUAGGAAAACAGAAGAAAGAAAAUAGGUUUUGAUGACUGAAAAUGGUGGCAUUCAUGACACCGGUAAACAGAAAGGUUAAGUUAAUGUGCAGCAUAUAUUAAUCUAGAUCAACCUGUAUGUGCAGUGAAGCAUGUUUUACAGGCUGUGGAAUGUACAGAUAUAGUUCACAUGUUUUGGGCUAAUGACUUUACAUCUUUUGUUUGCAUAUGUAGAUUUUAGCUUCUUAAUGUAUACUCUAAUGACUGUAUUAUCAUUAAUGUGAUAUAGAUAGCUUUUGCUUCCA